CCCAGACUACAUUUACCAGGAAGGCUUGCGGCGCGCAGGAGCAGAAAAGUUGUGGCUCACGGUCGCACGUCCUCCCAGAUUCUGGGGUUCACGCGGGUUUUCGCAGCUGUCCGGUAGGCGGUAGGCCGCUGAGUUCUGUACUCAGGCCAUCAACCCCUUCCGCAGCUGAGCAGAACGAGGGUGAGCGGCGAGCCGGGUCUCACCAUGGCCGCGAACUAUUCCAGUACAAGUAACAGGAGAGAACAUGUCAAAACUACAAGCAACCCCCAGCCAGGCUUCUUGGAGCGGCUCAGCGAGACCUCGGGUGGGAUGUUUGUGGGGCUCAUGACCUUCCUGCUCUCCUUCUACUUAAUUUUCACCAAUGAGGGCCGCGCACUGAAGACAGCCACCUCCCUGGCCGAGGGGCUCUCCCUUGUGGUGACCCCUGACAGCAUCCACAGUGUGGCCCCAGAGAAUGAGGGAAGGCUGGUGCACAUCAUCGGGGCGCUGCGCACGUCCAAGCUCUUGUCGGAUCCAAACUAUGGGGUCAACCUCCCGGCUGUGAAGCUGCGGCGACACGUGGAGAUGUACCAGUGGGUGGAAACCGAGGAGUCCCGGGAGUACACCGAGGACGGGCAGGUGAAGACAGAGACGAGGUACUCCUACAACACCGAGUGGAGGUCAGAAAUCGUCAACAGCAGAAACUUCGACCGAGAGAUUGGCCACAAAAACCCCAGCGCAAUGGCAGUGGAGUCAUUCACGGCUACAGCCCCCUUUGUCCAAAUUGGCAGAUUCUUCCUCUCGGCGGGCCUCAUCGACAAAGUCGACAACUUCAAGCCACUGAGCCUGUCCAAGCUGGAGGACCCGCACGUGGACAUCAUUCGCCGGGGAGACUAUUUCUACCACAGCGAAAACCCCAAGUAUCCAGAGGUCGGAGACCUGCGCGUUUCCUUUUCCUACGCGGGGCUGAGCGGCGAUGACCCCGACCUGGGCCCGGCUCACGUGGUCACUGUGAUUGCCCGGCAGCGGGGUGACCAGCUACUCCCAUACUCCACCAAGUCUGGGGACACCUUGCUUCUCCUGCACCAUGGGGACUUCUCGGCAGAGGAGGUGUUUCGUAGAGAACAAAAGAGCAACUCCCUGAAGACAUGGGGCCUGCGGGCCGCCGGCUGGAUGGCCAUGUUUAUGGGUCUCAACCUCAUGACGCGGAUCCUGUAUACGCUGGUGGACUGGUUCCCCGUCUUCCGAGACCUGGUCAACAUUGGCCUGAAAGCCUUCGCCUUCUGCGUGGCCACCUCGCUUACCUUGCUGACUGUGGCUGCCGGCUGGCUCUUCUACCGGCCCCUGUGGGCCCUCUUCCUCGGCUGCCUGGCCCUGGUGCCCAUCGUCAUUGCUCGGACCCGGGUGCCGGCCAAAAAGCUGGAGUGAGGCAGGCCCUGGCCCCCGCCCAACACCCGCGUGCUCCUCAGGAUCCAGCUCACCCCCCACCCCCGUGACCCCGCUCCUCGCCCCAGCACGAGCCUGCAUCGGUUUUGGAUUCUGCGCCCGCUCCGCUCCUCAAGGGGCCACGCCUCGCGGUGCGCGUGGACGUCAGGUUUGGUGCCCACCAGCUCGCGUCUUCCCACCCUCUUUCUCGCCAGCAGGCAGCUCUGGUGAGCGGAGGCGGCAGCUCCCGGCUGGCCAUGUGACAGGCGACAGGCAUCCAUUCCACUUGCUUCCCUCCCUUCCCUCGGGACCGUGUGGCUGCUUCACGCGUCUCGCUUGGCUGAUGUCUGCCAACAGUGAGCUGGUGACACUCCACACGGACCUGCUGCCUUAACACUCACCGGCCCCUCACCCUCACCCUUGGAGACAAGUGCCAGGGCUCUGCCCAGCCACCCCUGCCCCGUGAUCCCGCGUGGCCACCGUCACCAGCGGCCUCUGAGCAUGCUGUGGUGCCAGACAGACCGGGCACGGGCCCCCACGCGGGGCACCACAAACCCAGUUCGGGCACGGCACCUGACUUGGUACUUAGAAAAGCCACUGAGGUCAUGGUGAAGAAGCGUGGGAUAUUUGUUGGGCUUUAUUUACAUGUAGUUGAUAGUUUGGCAGAAACUUCUUAGUGUGUAGGAUUUCCAAAGCUCUCGUUUGUUAUGUUUUUCUUUGCUACGCUUCAUGUGUAUUUUCCUACUCUAAGAGGGUGUUGUUUCAAAUAAGAUUUAAAAACACAAAACACUGCUUGAAUGAUGAGCACUUGAGACUGUUAGAGAAAAACUCCUCUUAAUCUGUCAGUUGAAGUUAAUUCAGGGCACAGAGAGGUGUAAAUGGGGGCGUGACUUACUGCUUAAAAAAGAGUCACCUCCGUCAGUACUCUGGUCACUGGGAGGCUCCAAGGUGCUUUUGAAGCCAGCGUUGGCGAAGGGAUCCCACUCUGGGAGGAGAGGGGAAUUUGGAGAAGGUGGAGAGAGGCAUUUCCGUUUAUCCUCUGGCAUCAGAAACUACCGAUUUACUUGAAGAUGGUUUUGAGUUUUCAGUCAACCGUUCAAGGAAAAGGCUGGACGCUUUCUCAUCCUGAGUGGGCUCCCUCGUGCCCCUAUCACCCCAAACCAGAAAUCUGAGACCUGACACUUGUGCAGCGCCCGGGCCUCAUGCCUUUCACUGUGGGAGGCGUUCACACUAGCAGCUGGCCCCCAGGUAACUCCUGUUGUGCCCGCGUCCACAGCUUCUCUAAGUAAAAUGUACCCACACUUCAUUGCGCUCCUGCUGUUUCCCAGCUACUCUCACGCCCUCUGAAGCAUAAAGUGUACUGUCACCUUGAUGUCUCAAAAGGUCCUUCGUAUAUCCUUUAUCUGUUUAUUACUUGGAAACUGUUCUGCCUUGCUGGGAGCGGUCGCUUUAGCAAAUUAGUUGGUAGUUGAGUGAGUGAUGGGAGACCUAACAAUCUCUCAUCGGCCUGGGAGAUCUGUGGUGUAACUUCAGGUUCUUCGUGCAGAGAACAGCUGGCCCCAAAGAGGACUUAGCUGGAUUUAAGAAUCGAAACAGUAUUCACCACUGCUUAUCACGUGAGCAGUUGUCAUCGAGUGUCUCCUCGUGAAGGAUGCUUUUGGAAAACAAUACAACUAGACGGUGGCUGAAUACAAACUCUGUGGGAUUUGGUUUGUGUAAUUUUUUUCUACUACAGAUUUUAAAUUACUGCGAAUUUCAGUAGUGUUCUUAAAGAGCAAAAUAAUGUUAAGAAAUGUUUGAAGUCUUUGGGAAAUCAUGAAAUUUGUAUCGUAUUUGUAUUUUUGAUAAAAAUUCAAAAUAAAUUUCAAAAGAGCUUU